UUUUCUCUCUUCUCUUUCGUUUCUCCAGCCCUGGGAUCCGGUAUUCUGUUCACGUACCCCGAGAUAGCCACGAUUGCUGGCGUCCAGGGUGUCAUCGUGUACGCCCUCGCGUCGGCUCUGCCCAUGCUCAUCUUCGGAUUCGUCGGCCCCGUCAUCCGUCGCAAGUGCCCUGAGGGAUUCGUCCUGACCGAAUGGACCAGACAGAGGUACGGCAUGGUGGCCAUGCUCUAUCUGAGCUUUGUCACGCUCGUCACCCUCUUCCUGUACAUGGUCUCGGAGCUGUCUGGUGUCGGCCAGGUCAUCAAUCUCCUGACUGGGCUUGACGACCUUCCCGUCAUGAUUGUGCAAUGCGUCGUCACCACCAUCUAUACCUCUUUUGGAGGAUUCAAAAUCUCCUUCCUCACCGACACUAUCCAAGGAGCCAUGGUGAUGGGACUGGUGGUGGUUGCGGCCAUCACCAUCGGCGUCGAGGUGGACAUCAAGCGCGACCUCAUCGAGGAGUCCGGGCUCCUCAAGGCCAGCCUGGUGGGCUGGCAGCUCCUGUACAUCCUUCCCGUGGCCAUCUUCACCAACGAUUUCUUCCUGGCGCAGCUCUGGCUGCGCACCUUCGCCUCCAAGACGGACAAGGACCUGAUGAUCGGCACGUCGCUGGCCACCUUUGCCAUCCUGUGCGUCAUCGUGCUGGUCGGGUCGACGGGCCUGGUGGCCGUGUGGUCGGCCUCGUGGCCGGGGGAUCCGGCGCAGGCCGGCUCCGUCGCCUUCUUCUCCCUGCUCGACAGCCUGCCCAGCUGGGUCGUGGGCGUCGUGCUGGUCAUGGUCGUCUGCCUGAGCACCUCGGCCUUUGACAGCAUCCAGUCCGCCAUGGUGUCGACCGCCUCCAACGACCUGUUCCGCAACCGGCUCAACAUCUGGGUCACGCGCGGCCUCGUCGUCGUCGUCAUCAUCCCCGUCGUCGCCAUCGCCCUGCAGGCCCCCUCCAUCCUGCAGAUCUACCUCAUCAGCGACCUCGUCUCCGCCGCCACCGUGCCCGUCCUCUGCAUCGGCCUGUCCGACCGAUUCUACUUCUGGCGCGGCUUCGAGUUCGUCGUCGGCAGCCUGGGCGGCAUCCUGACCGUCUGGAUCUUCGGCGCCAUCUACUACGACGACCCCAUGAAGGGCGCCGAGCUGCUUCUCCUCCAGCAGGGCCUGUACUCCGGCGACUGGGGAGCCUUUGGCGCCUUUGUCGCCGCCCCCGUCGGCGGCCUCGUCUGGGGCUUUGGCGCCCUCGCCCUCCGUCUCACGUACCAGUAUGUCAUGGCCAGAGUCAAGGGCCACCGCUUCGACGCCCUUGACCGCCCUGCUGCCGACGACGAUGCUCCCGCUCCCGAGGAUGCAGAGGUCAUCAUCCAGCAGGGGGCUGUCAAGUCCAAGGCUUCCGGCAGGUUCUUCUAA